UUCCCGCGCAUGUCUCUGAUGAGAAAAAAAAUUUUUCUCUGUCAGGUUGACGUUGAUUUCUGCUUCUGCUUCCGCUUUCUUUUACGCCCCUGCCUGCUCCACGAGGAACAAAUAAACAAAAUGCAGUUGUUUAUCCGCGGACAAGAGACUUUUGUAGUCGAAUGCCAAGAGCAUGAAAUUGUCUCCAAUCUUAAGGCUAAAAUUACCGAAGCCUGUGAUUUUGGAUCAACAGAAUUUGUUGAAAAACAAGAAAAAUCAAAGAAGAAGACUGGUCGUGCCAAGAGACGAAUCCAGUACAAUCGCAGAUUCGUUACUGUUGUACCAACUUUCGGACGUCGUCGUGGACCAAAUGCCAACCCUCAAUCAUAA